GCUUUUCCUUUGGAGACACUACUGUAUGUGGGUGCAAAAUCUAUCCACAAGUCAACACAUGUUAAAUGACGGAGGACAAUGGAGUGCCUAAUCUUUCAGGAUAAUUUGAUUCAUCCAGUCUUUGACCUUACUCUGAGAAGCUUCAUCAAGAUUAAAUUUGGUAUUCUGCUUGCAAUGGUACAUAAAUAUUGUUUUAAAGUAGACUCUUGCUUUGCCUUGAUCCUUUGUAUUUAAGCGAUUGAACAUGUGUCAAAUGAGAAGAGUUUUUGCCUGCGAGCCCAGAAAAGUGAGGCUGUACUUUCUACUGUUCUUAACUUUUAGCUUCUUUGUGGUGGAGGUGGUCAUCAGUCGUAUUACGUCCUCAUUGGCAGUGCUGUCUGACUCUUUCCACAUGCUCUCAGAUGUCUGUGCUCUUGUAGUGGCACUCGUGGCCCUAUCCUUUGCAGAGAAGACUCAGUACACUACUAAGAAUACCUUUGGCUGGAUUCGCGCUGAGGUGAUAGGUGCACUGGUUAAUUCAAUCUUUCUAACCGCCUUGUGCUUCACAAUCAUUCUUGAGGGAAUUGAACGUUUUGUGGAGCCACGGGAAAUCCAAAAUCGAAUUAUGUUGAUUGGAGUGGGUGUUGCUGGCCUGUUUGUUAGCCUUGUGGGCAUGAAAAUGUUGCAUGAGCAUACCCAUGAACAAGUCUCCACCAAAAAGGAUAUGAGAACCAAGGAGGUAGGAUUAAGUAAGGAGGAUCAGCAGUGCAAGAGUGAUUCACCAGCCACUGAGACUCAGAAGGCAAACGUAGAAGAAACUGUCAUAAAUGAUGUCCUUCACCACAACCGUAUGGAUGUCCAGAUAAAUGUCACCAGUGCUCCCUCCAACGAGCUAGAGGAAUCGUCAUCGCAGCUGAACAUUAAGGGUGUCUUCCUCCAUCUCCUUGCGGAUGCCUUGAGCUCUUGCGUUGUUGUGGUAAACGCUCUGAUCUUCUAUUUUGUGUGGAACCCUUGUCCUGACGAUGAACCUUGUAUCAAUCCUUGCGUGAACAGCCCAUGCAGUGCCCAAGUCAAUCUCACCCACAUUGUGUCCACAGCUGGGCCCUGUUGGGUCCUCUACUUGGACCCAAGUCUCACUGUCAUCGUGGUGAGUAUCUUGCUGUACACUACGUCUCCUCUGUUGAUAGAGUCUGCACUCAUCUUGUUGCAGACUGUGCCAAUGAAGAUAGACAUGCAUCAGAUAAAUGAAAAGCUGCGUACUUUGGAUGGGGUUUUGGCAGUUCAUGAACUUCAUGUCUGGCAGCUUGCUGGAAGUCGCAUCAUCGCCACUGCUCAUAUCAAAUGCCGUGAUCCCUCUUCCUACAUGAAUGUAGCAAAGCAAAUAAAAAAACUCUUCCAUGAUGCAGGCAUCCAUGCGACCACAAUCCAGCCUGAAUUUGCCAGCAUUCACUCCGAGUCCGGCUUUAACCUUUGUGAGCUCCCCUGCCAGACUCUGUGUGCCCCCAAACUUUGCUGCAGCAAUGGAAAAAACAUGAACGUGGAGAGAAACAGCAUGGAGGACAGUGAAAUCUAAAGGUGAAGAUCAGGUCUACACUUGGAAACCUAAGCGGUUAUGAACCUCAAAAAUGAGAUGUUAUGCUGACCCAUUCCUUUUGUUCUACUGGUACUUAAUUUUAUUCAGCUAUAUGAUACUACACAAACAUUUUAGACAUUGAUAUAUGGAUCUUGUGUUGUUUUCAUGGAAUGUAUGGUUUUCCUUUAAGGCAAGAUACACAGUGUAAUGACUGAAAUAAUUUAAUUUUCCAGGUGGCUUACUAAGCAUAAACAACUAACACAGGCACAAUAUUCUGCAAGUGACAAACGCAGCUGUCAAAUGAGGACAAGAAGCAUGGAACUAAAAGGAAACACGAUCUAAAAUGGCACAAGAGCAAGAGGGUGGUUCAGGAACUGUAAAUGUG